UGGAGAAAUGAGCUUCCUGAUUCAGACAUGCCAAAUUAUCAACUGGCUCUUUUGUUCUCUGCGCUCACCUCGGCUGCUUUGGAGUGGCAAAUGCUCAAGGACCAGAAGGAAUUUGCUAUUGGGCACUGCUUUUGUGAUAUAUUUGGGCUUCCUUGUCAGUCAAGUAGGUCGUGUUGUACCGCAAAACAGAAAAGGACUAUCAAAAGCAAAAUCUUGGAAUCUUCAAGAUGUUGCUCAGCCUCAUUUUUCUGAAAUCCCAAUGGAUGGCACCUGGUCAUUUUCUGACCUUGAAAAAUCUCAGAUGGGGACAAAUAACACAUCAAUGUUGCCUAAUGUGGUAUACAUCACUUUGCGGUCCAAGAGAAGGAAACCUGCCAAGAUUCGAGGCACUGUGAGGCCCAAGCAAAGAAAGAAGCAAGUAUUGCCUUUGCAGUAUAGGAAUAAGAACUCACUGGAUGGCACAAUCCAACGUAAGUCAUUUUAUGGCAAAUCUAUGAACAAGAGGAAAGGAGCAGUUGUUCCAGAGAAAGCUAGGCAGAAACAACAGCAGAAAGAAAAACAAAUGGCUCAAAAUAUAAAGCAUUGGAGACCUGAAAUAAUUAUAAGAGGCCUAAAUGUUCAAACUAAUGUUCAGGAGAGCAAUAUCAGGAUGUACAGUGAGAGUCCACCAUCUUGGCUGAGUAAAGAGGAUAUCCUAAGUAUGCGUUAUAUGGCAGAUUCCAAAAUAAAUAGUAUCCAAGAAGUGCCUUCACAACAUGGAAUACUUCUGGUAUUUGGGAGAACAGAGCUUGAUAAUAAGUCAGUCAAAGAAGACAUAUGUAGCCAAGGUCACUGUGGCAUCAUCAAGAGACCACUUGACAUGAGUGAAGUGUUUGCUUUCCACUUGGACAGGAUCCUAAGGCUGAAUCGGACUUUGCCUACUAUAAGCAGAAAAUUGGAAUUUGUACAAGAUGAUGGACCACGCCCUGUCAUUCUUUGGGAUCCCUCCUUGGCUCAGACAGACAAUGAGACACACUCUUCACUGAGACUCACCUGGGAAGCCUACAAAAAGCAACUAAAAGAAAAGUGCUGGCAAAAUGACAAAGUACCCAAAGCAGAAUGGAGAUGUACAGAUAUUCAUUACCAUGAAUGGUCCAAGAUGGCACUUCUUGAUUUUCUUUUACAGAUCUAUCAUCGCUUGGAUAAGAACUGUUGUGGAUUCAAACCACGUAAAGAGGAUUCCUGUGUCCAGAAAGGGCUAAAUCAGCAAUGUGAUGACCAAGACAACAUAGCUUUGACUCACAUUAUUCAGAGAAAGAAUGACCCAAGGCAUUUGGUUUUUAUACAUAAUAAAGGUUUCUUUGACAGAAGUGAAGAUAAUCUGGAUUUCAAAAUAUUACAAGGCAUUAAUGAGUUCCCUGAAUCUGCCAUUUCUGUGCUGAAAAGUCACCAUUUACGGGAAAAACUGCUUCAGUCAUUGUUCCUGGACAGAAUUUUUUGGGAUAGUCAAGGAGGGCGCCAAGGCAUUGAAAAGUUGAUUGAUGUUGUAGAGCAGAGAGCCAAAAUACUUCUCACCUACAUUAAUGCUCACGGAGCAAAAGUAUAUCCAAUGAAUGAAUGAGUUUGAAAUCAUUAAAGAGAGAGACAUACUGAUGAAAAAUUUCUUGAUAUAUUUAUGUUGUAAUUCUAUAUACUUGGCUGAAUGCAAAUUCAAUGAGGUUUAUGAGCUUAUACAUUUACUCUGACAAACAUCAAACAUACAUGAAUUAAUUAUAAGAUUUCACAUUUUAAAAAUACAUGUUGCUCUUCAUAUUUUUUUUUAAAAUAGAUGUUGCUAAUGGAAUCCCGAGGUGUUUUUGUUUUAUAAAAGCAUUCUUAUCUCCAUGGUCAUAUGUAUUCAUAUAUUUGUAUUCAGACAUUGGUGCAAAUAAGACUGGUUUUGCCUAUUCCUCCUAUGCUAAUCUCCAGUUACCUGAAAAUGGUACAUCGACUUUGCAGGAUCCUGCUGAAUAGAAUGAGUUUUAAUAUGGGGACAGAGAUGAUCCCUAAAAAUCCCUAAAGAUUUUCCUCUGCUUGUUUGAUUUUAUUGGGAAUAAAAUAAAACAAUUGGAGAGAACAUUACACUUAUGGCAAAAAUUGCAACUCUCUAUUAAUUUCACUGAAAUGGUUCUGAAAUGGUUCUUAUGAUAGUUACAAAUACUUGCUUAAUUAAAAUGCAAAUAUAGUAGGGGUUUUGCUUUUUCCCAAUGAAAAUAAUUGACCUCAAUUAGUGCUGACAUUUAAAUUCAGCUCUAAUAUUGUUUAGUAAACUCAUUAAA